AAUUUGAAGUAUUUUGUACUGUAGUGGUCGCAAUAAAAUACAGCACGUUUUACAAUACUCCCUUAUACAGUAAAUAUUUAGGUUUUUCUCAUCCGCCUCAACUCUUUGUCUUGCUCCACCUCCUACAAAAACCGGUGGCAAUGCGUGAGGAGAUAAACGCGCGAGGAGCGGCAGUAUCAGAAAUGAAUAGUAUUGAUGGAGUUAGUCUUCACUACUACGGUUUGCUUCAUAAUCUCUCUCAGAGUAUCUAAACUAUAUGGCGUAAUUGAAGUGUAUUAAUCCACCACCGAGUUCUCGCAGUUCAAUUACGCCAACUGUCUUUACUUGGACUCUUAACAGCUAUAUCUUGUAGAAUUUAUCUUGGAAAAGUCCGAGCUAAUUGAAACUUUUUUCCUUAACGUCAUGCGGAAGGUGUUUUUUCUGUGGUUUAUGACAGCAGCAGUUCAGGCGAGCAGUCAGGUUUUUGGUGACAUGGAUCAGGUGCGGAUGACAUCAGAAGGUUCUGACUGCCGCUGUAGGUGCAUCAUGAGGCCCCUCAGUAAAGAUGCCUGCAGUCGGAUUAAAAAUGGGAGCAUGCGUGUUGAAGAUUUUUACACAGUUGAAACUGUGAGCUCAGGAGCAGACUGCAAGUGCUCAUGUACAGCUCCGCCAUCAUCUCUAAAUCCAUGUGAGAAUGAAUGGAAGAUGGAAAAGCUGAAGAAACAAGCUCCAGAACUGCUUAAGGUAAAUCUGUGUAGCUCAUUCAGUGUAGUCACUAUAUGAAAUGGUACACAAGUUGCAGUUUCAUUAGAGAAGUUACAUACCUACCAUAAUAAAGUGACAGCGCAACUUAACACCCUAAAUUCCAUAACUAUUAAAACAAAUCUGACAAGAGAGGGUUUAUUCAUGAAAGACAGCAUCUCCAUUUUGAUGAACCAGCUGAAAAAAUACGAGAACUACUCUGACAUUAUGUUAGGAAUCAAGAAAGAAGUGUCUAAACUUGGCCUGCAGCUGUUACAGAAGGAUGCUGCCGUUCCAGAAAAUAAAGCCCAGGAUACAUCUGUAGGUACAGGCAAAGAGAACAAACAUACUUCUAAGAAAAACUUACCUCAGAAACCAGUGCCAAAAACGCCAAAAGAGAAACCACUGAAGGUAGAGAAGCCCAAGAAAAGCAAACCUCUGCCAUCUGAAACUACCCCUAAACCAAGAUCUGGAAUUCACCAGCAUGGCAUUAUAAGAGGGAUCACGUACUACAAAGCAGGGAAGAGUGAAGGAACAGACAACACUGGUAACAACAGAGAAAAUAUUGGCAAAGGGGGAUCCCGAACUGAAGGGCAAGAGGCAAGAGCAGGCAACAGACAAUCAGAACUUGAGAGCUCAGAAGAAGGCGGCAAUGACAAUAUUGAGAACAUGCCAGCAGUGACAUCAGGAAUUACAACUACACUCCUCACUAGUACCACUACUUCCUCCACAACAGCAACAAGAAUUACACCAACCACUGCUGUGACACCUCCUGUUACUUUGUCAGGCACAGACCGUGAUGAGGGAAUGACUGCUCCAGAAACAAAUAAUGUCAAACAUGCAGAGUGUGAAGGCACAGUUGCUUCAGUUGAACGUCCUGAAAAGCAUCAUAGUUAUGGUCGCAAUGAAGGAGCUUGGAUGAAAGACCCAUUGGCAAAGGAUGACAGGAUCUUUGUUACAAAUUACUACUAUGGAAACAAUCUGGUGGAGUUCCGAAACCUUGACAACUUUAAACAAGGUCGUUGGAGCAAUUUGUAUAAACUUCCCUAUAACUGGAUUGGAACAGGCCAUGUUGUUUAUAGUGGAGCUUUUUAUUAUAACAGAGCCUUUACCAAGAAUAUAAUUAAGUAUGACCUCAAACAAAGAUAUGUGGCUUCUUGGGCUCUGCUCCAUGAUGUAGUUUAUGAAGAUACAACACCGUGGAAGUGGCGAGGUCAUUCAGAUAUUGAUUUUGCAGUUGAUGAAAGUGGCCUUUGGGUUAUCUAUCCAUCUGUGGAUUAUGAGUACUCCCAACAAGAUGUUAUUGUAAUUAGUAAACUUGACCCCGUGGACCUGUCUCUCAGGAGGGAGACGACAUGGAAAACCAGUCUUAAGCGCAACUCUUAUGGAAACUGCUUUUUAAUCUGUGGCAUUCUUUAUGCUGUUGAUGUUUAUAGCCAAAAGGAAGGUCUGAUUUCUUAUGCAUAUGACUCUCAUACCAAUACUGCAGUAAAUCUGAAGCUCCCUUUUAUCAACCAGUAUUCCUUCACAACACAGAUUGACUACAAUCCAAAAGAGAGAGUCCUUUAUGCAUGGGAUAAUGGACGUCAGAUGACAUAUAAAAUUAAUUUUGUUGCUUGAUACCCAUUUGUAUUGUAUAGUUUUGAGAAUGUAGGACUGACCUACACAUGAGCACUUUUUUUUUACACUUUCAUUGUGUUAAUGUUACACUUAAUGGUAAUUGGCAGUGUUUAGCAUUCAUGCACUUGAAUCAUUAAGUAAAUUAUCUGUUGUCCUCAUAAUGAUAAUUUCGUAUUGAUUCUGUGUAUUUUACUGUAAUAGAAGAUGCAUAUUGGCCAAUAACGAGCAGUAGAUUGCCAAAAACACAAAAUGGAUUUGAGGCAUGCUGUAAUGGUUAAUUCCUUUCUCUCUCUGUAUUAUAGUAUGUAUCUGAGGAGAAAAAUGUUCCACCAUUUAAAGGUUUUCCAAGAACAAAAUGCAUAUCUGUGCAUUUAUGCGUACAGUAAUGUUAUUGGCUCCUGCCAUACUAUAUAACACUUAUGUUUUCAUGUAGUUCUAUUGGUUUAAGAGAAAGCUGUAUGAGACAUUGCCAAGUUACAGAUUAUAUAAACAUUUCAUUAACAACCAAGUACUGUAUUUUACAACCGACAUGACACUUUGUUUUCCUAAAGCAUUUAUGUGAAGUAUUCCAAGCAGUUGUUUUAGAAUUUUUGUAUGUUAAAACUCAAUUUUAUUUAUCUGAAAUAACACCAGUAAUUAUUUUUGUCAGAGAAUCAUUAGUAAGUCUGUGCUUAGCAUUAUGAAAUAUGCAGAACCUUUUGCCGGUCAAACUAUUCAAUUCUGCAAGGAGGUGUUGUAAUAAUAGAUGUCUACCAUUGAUGUUGAAAAAUUUAUUUAAAAUGGCUAAUAUCUCAACAUUUUUAUUGUAAAUAUAUAAAUAUAUACAUAUGCUUCCAGGAAAAGCAAGAGACUGAUGUUUUAAGUUCUGUUUUGGUAUGGUGUGUAUAAUACACAUUUUUAAAUAUAUUGUGCGCUUUUUAUGAAUUUAAGUUCUAGAGAUUAUAUAAGCUUUUACUAGCAGGAGUAUAAUAUGGAGAAAACAGAGUGUUAGCAGGAGCAAAUCUGGGUUUCUUAAACUCCAGUGCAUAGGCAUUGUAGCUUCCUUUUUUAUUAUUCAGUACUAAACUCGAUUAUAUAAAUAUUUAAAUGUUUGCAUUUCAGGUGUUUGUUUAUUGGGCAUUUAUAUAGUGUUUGAAAGGAAAGGUUACCCUAUUCUGGACUGCAUUGUCUUUAAUUUAAAGAACAGAUUACAGUUGUCUUAAGUUUAGUAGAAAAUGCAAAAUGUUAGCUGCAGGUUCAUUCCUACUUAUGUUUGUCUUCUGAUCUGUAUUUCUUGUAUUACCUCACACAGUAAACCAUAUUCCUGGGCCAGUCUUCUUUUAUGUGGGUUGAACAGUAACAGUGGUAUUUUCCCGCCUCUUAUGAUGUAGCAGCUACAAUGAACAGUAAUGUAUCAUGUCUCUACUGUUUGAUGAUGCUUCUUAUAUUCAUGACGAGUAUUAACAGAAGCAGGUUCUGAAAUAGAACACCUUGAGCUUUACCAUAGCCAUAAAUGCAGAGAUCAGCCAUAACUAAUGUGCUCUUCUUUUGAACAAUCUUAAAAUGUGACAGAUAUAAUACUUAACGCUGACUGCAUGAUUUAUUGAUAGCUAAAUGUAUCUGUAGUUUAGAGGUUACUAGUUAAUUGUCUUGUUUUACAUUUUAAUACAGUCCAUUUAUCCCUCUGUGGAUCCGUGUAGUUGGCUAGUCAUAAUCCGGGUUUAAUAGAUUGAUUAAAGUAUGGAAUGAGACAUUUUUUUAAAGUGGAAAAUUGCUCCAAACUAAUGCUUGUUCUAAUUUGAUGAACAAACAUGUUAAUUCAUCUGAUAGUACUCAUAUGGCCCUCUCAAAGGAAAGAGAUGUGGUUAGUGGGGCUCCUUAGUGGGUCAUUUUUGGGACCAGUAUUGUUUAUCAUCUGUGUAUCAGCAUAACAGGGGACACUGAGAACAGGUUCAGCCUGUUGUAGACGUCCGUAAGAAAUCAGAGAUAGAGGUUAGGGGCUAAACAUUGGGUGGAGACUAAGCAUUCAGCAGGACACAAGGAGCCUGAUUGAACAUGAAAAUUUACAUCUAGGUUUAAUGCAGGGUUGUGCAAAAUAUUUCACAUGGGAUGUAAUAACUGUAAAGCAGGAUGCCAUCUAGGAGGACAAGUCUUUAAAAAGAACAGACCAG